UAUGUGAGAGGGGGAAGGUGGGAGGAGAAAGGAGGCCAUAAAAUACAAACCAUGAGUGAUGACCACGCCAGUGAGAAAAGGAAGCGAGAGAAAGGGAAGUGGAAAGAGAAAGAGAUACAAACAAGGCUGUGUGUCGAUUGCGAUUUUGAGGGUCGUUGCCCAAAUUCUUCCAGAUACAUUGACAAACUACAAAGGACUGAGUGUGACUCUCUGAAAAUAAGAGAAAGACAAGCAGCGGGCAUAGAAGACAGACAGAGAAACAUAAAAUAAUCAAUGCAUGCGAUGGAGCAGGGGAGCGUUCAAGAGCAUGGAAGAAGUAGAAAACUGUCCAAGAUCUGGGUGAUAAAUGAAUAUGUUCGAGUGGGACUCGCAGAAACCCUCAGCACCUAUGUCAUGAUGGUGUUUGGCUUGGGCUCUGUGGCGCAGGUCGUGACUGGACUGGGUGCGUUCGGAGAAUACCUCAGUGUCAACCUGGGCUUCGGCCUGGGUGUGACUAUGGGAGUGCAUAUUGGCGGGAGGGUCUCAGGGGCCCAUAUGAACGCAGCAGUAUCAUUUUCCAUGUGUCUCUUUGGUCGUUUGGGUUGGAGGAUGCUGCCCGUCUAUAUCCUCAGUCAGCUGAUAGGCUCCUUCUUGGCGGCUGGGACCAUAUACUCCCUUUACUAUGAUGCCAUUUACCACUACUGUGGAGGGAAUCUGACUGUGUCUGGCCCUAAGGCUACAGCUGGGAUCUUUGCUACCUACCCAGCACCAUACCUCUCACUUCAUGCUGGAUUCCUAGACCAGGUGAUCGGCACGGCCAUGUUGUUGCUGUGCCUGAUGGCCCUGUCUGACCAAAGGAACCAGCCUGCUCCAUCGGGGGGUGAGCCCAUCGCUGUGGGCCUGUUGGUACUGCUCAUAGGAGUCUCUCUGGGGAGCAACAGCGGAUACGCUAUCAACCCUAGCCGCGACCUGGGACCUCGAAUCUUCACCGCUAUAGCAGGCUGGGGGCCAGAGGUGUUCCGGGCAGGUAACGGCUGGUGGUGGGUACCUGUACUUGCCCCCCUGGUGGGAGGAGUCACAGGGGCUUCCGUCUACAAGGUCUUUGUGGAACUGCACCACCCCUCCCCCUGUGAACACAGGAGGGAGCUAGAGGACGAGGCAGAGGAGGCGGCUGUCCCUCUGGAUAUGCAGAAAAACCUCGGCCCAGAGGUGUGUGUGUGAGGCACCCCAGCUAUGUUUGUGCACACUUGCUACACCAAAAGUAACUGGAGGAGGAUCCAAUGGAACAGAAACAUUGGCAAACAAUUGGGGAUGUAGUGCUGAGUAGUUCUGAGAGGACACUGAUUGGACUGGUUAAUUUCUCGAUGGUCCAAGUCCAAGUGAGUCUAUUGGAGGCAGUCCAGAAUGAAUCGUGAAAGUGAAACAACUGUGAAACAGAGCAUGAAUUCAGUUUGGCUCCCAGGCUAAGGAUGAAUGAGACCACCUCUAACAGAAGUCAAAGCUGCAUAUACAAGUCUAGGAUCAGCUUAGCUUACCCCUCAACCAAUAGAAUCAUGGAGUCUUGAAACUGAUGGCAAAAUGCGAGAGACUAUGUCAAGAAUGUAAUUGGU